CCUGGGCGCAGCAGCAGCUGCCCAUCGCGCAGCCUCCGGGCAGAUCGGCUGGUCUCGCCGUUUCUGUGCGCCGCUUGGACCACGCGGAGUGCACAGGAGGGCCGCUCCGUCCCCGGCGCGUCGCAGGCAGACCCCGGGCCGCCGGACUAUUUCUGUCUUAUCAGUGCAGGAAUGCGGCAGCCGCGGCGGCGGCGGCGGCGGGCGGGCGGCGGCGGCGUGGGCCGUGGGCCGUCAGGGCAGCCCUGAAGGGGCCCCCUCCCCACUCCGCUCGAGUAGAAGUGUGAGAGAGCCCAGCAGGACUCAGAGGGGAGAGUUGGAGGAAAAAAAAGGCAGAAAAGGGAAAGAAAGAGGAAGAGAGAGAGAGAGUGAGAGGAGCCGCUGAGCCCACCCCGAUGGCCGCGGACGAAGUUGCCGGAGGGGCGCGCAAAGCCACGAAAAGCAAACUUUUUGAGUUUCUGGUCCAUGGGGUGCGCCCCGGGAUGCCGUCUGGAGCCCGAAUGCCCCACCAGGGGGCGCCCAUGGGCCCCCCGGGCUCCCCGUACAUGGGCAGCCCCGCGGUACGACCCGGCCUGGCCCCCGCGGGCAUGGAGCCCGCCCGCAAGCGAGCAGCGCCCCCGCCCGGGCAGAGCCAGGCACAGGGCCAGGGCCAGCCCGUGCCCACCGCCCCAGCGCGGAGCCGCAGUGCCAAGAGGAGGAAGAUGGCUGACAAAAUCCUCCCUCAAAGGAUUCGGGAGCUGGUCCCCGAGUCCCAGGCUUACAUGGACCUCCUAGCGUUUGAGAGGAAACUGGAUCAAACCAUCAUGCGGAAGCGGGUGGACAUCCAGGAGGCCCUGAAGAGGCCCAUGAAGCAAAAGCGAAAGCUGCGCCUUUAUAUCUCCAAUACAUUUAACCCUGCGAAGCCCGAUGCCGAAGAUUCUGAUGGCAGCAUUGCCUCCUGGGAGCUGCGGGUAGAGGGGAAGCUCUUGGAUGAUCCCAGUAAGCAGAAGAGGAAGUUUUCUUCCUUCUUCAAGAGUUUGGUCAUUGAGUUGGACAAAGACCUUUAUGGCCCAGACAACCACCUUGUUGAGUGGCACCGGACACCCACAACCCAGGAAACAGAUGGGUUCCAAGUGAAGAGACCAGGGGACUUGAGUGUGCGCUGCACCCUGCUCCUGAUGCUGGACUACCAGCCUCCUCAGUUCAAGUUGGACCCCCGCUUAGCCCGGCUGCUGGGGUUACACACACAGAGCCGCUCCGCCAUUGUCCAGGCGCUGUGGCAGUACGUGAAGACCAACCGGCUACAGGACUCCCAUGACAAGGAAUACAUCAAUGGCGACAAGUAUUUCCAGCAGAUUUUUGACUGUCCCCGCCUGAAGUUCUCUGAGAUUCCCCAGCGCCUCACAGCCCUGCUGCUGCCUCCUGACCCGAUUGUGAUCAACCACGUCAUCAGCGUGGAUCCAUCAGACCAGAAGAAGACUGCGUGCUAUGACAUAGAUGUGGAGGUGGAGGAGCCACUGAAGGGGCAGAUGAGUAGCUUCCUCCUGUCCACGGCCAACCAGCAGGAGAUCAGUGCUCUGGACAGUAAGAUCCAUGAGACGAUUGAGUCCAUAAACCAGCUCAAGAUCCAGAGGGACUUCAUGCUAAGUUUCUCCAGAGACCCCAAAGGCUACGUCCAAGACCUGCUCCGCUCCCAGAGCCGUGAUCUCAAGGUGAUGACAGAUGUGGCGGGUAACCCCGAGGAAGAACGGAGAGCCGAGUUCUACCACCAGCCCUGGUCCCAGGAAGCCGUUAGCCGCUACUUCUACUGUAAGAUCCAGCAGCGCAGGCAGGAGCUGGAGCAGUCGCUGGUUGUGCGCAACACCUAGGAGCCCGUGAACAAGCAUCGGGUGGACCAGCCACUCCACCCAGCACAGGCCCCAGGCUCUGGACUCCCUCACGAGCUGUGCUGAAGGUGGGGAGGGCUGGAUUAAAGGUCACUUAUCAGACA